AACACUUUCACAUUUUCCAGUGGUAUUAAGUACCUCUUAUACAGUUCUCUAUAAACUUUAGUUUCUUGCUAAAUAAUGUUACUAAACAAACUUUCAGAUUUCCAUACCACUGUGGUCACAUUAAGACAUUUAGAAAUGAAUGUUCUAACACCAAAGAAAUCUGGAGAAUUAAUUUCAAAGUUGGCAAAAAAUGUAUUUAUCUUACCAGAUGGCAUAAAGAAUCUAGCACAUGAGGUUGCAGAAGGGGUAAAGAACAAACAAAUUUGCAUUGAUGGCUUCUCACAACAUCAGCUACACCCACAGAAGGCUGAUGAAUCUGCUGUGGAUUGGAUAUUUUUUGUCGACACUCUAAAUUUCUGUUUUUGGACAGCUAAUAAAGAUUCAAAAUGGGAAGUGACAUGGAAUGGCAAAACCUAUACAGGAUACUUUGCUCUCUGUGCAGCCGUUAAAAGAGCUCUUGAGGAUGGAAUACCCCUCACUGAUGCUAAAUUCUAUUCACAAGUGACUUCUGCAAACCUUGGUCACAUCUUACGUUCUGAUAACCCUGAUGCCAAAGUGCCCUUGCUUGAAGAUCGUGUCGCUUGCCUACACGAAGUUGGGUUAAAACUCCUUCAGAAAUACAAAGGAUCAUUUGUGACAUGUCUGAAAGAAUGUAACAAUUCAGCCCAGAGUUUGCUGCACUUGAUUGUUGAGGAGUUUCCAUGUUUUAGAGAUGAAGCCAAUUACAAAGGUCACAGAGUAUGCCGUGGUCAAGGGUUGGGUCAAUUCAAUGACAUUGACACCAUAACGAUGUUUGCUGAUUACAGAGUUCCACAAGUUCUGAUUUACUAUGGAGUGCUAAAAUACAGCGAUGAGCUGAUGGAAUUACUGAAAUCUGAUAAACUUCUCGAGAACGGAAGUGAAAAUGAAGUAGAAAUUCGUGGCUGUUCAAUUCAAGCUACGGAGUUGGUCGCAGAUGAAGUUCGAGCACUGCUGAAGUCUCAGGAUCAGGCAGGUCUUCCAGUCAACUCGAUUCUCAUCGACCAUUUCUUAUGGGACUAUCGUCGUAAGCACGCGGCAAAGCUAGACUUUAUUCCGUUCCACAAGACAUCGAGUAUUUUCUAUUGAAAUGCUAAUACCAGAUACAUAUGAUUGGAUGAAUAUUACUAUCAUUACUAUAUUACUUACUAGAAGCACUGAAAAAAUUUUCAAAUAAAAGUUGUCGAUUUGAAUGAUA